AAAUCGAUUUCUGAAAUAUCGAUUAGUCGACUCACGUGAUGAUUGUUUGUUAAAAUUCGCAGUUAUACAUUUAUCUCGAACGGAAUUCUUUCACAAUUUAACCCAAAAAUGGUUUACAUGAAAACCUGCUGCUACUGUUUUAAAAACACUAAAGAUGGAUCCCUGGCCUGCGCAGUCUUUUUUAUGGUUAUGUGUGUGAUAAAUGCAAAUUCCUAUAUUUAUGUACUGAACAACAAAGAAGCUUUGCAUUCCGCAUCUAAGAUGCUUAACAUUGAAGAAUAUUCGGCAAGGAAGAUGUACGUGUAUUAUCUGAUUGAGACAGUAAUUGUCUUCUUGUGCAGCCUCUUACUUGGAUAUGGUGUAAAAACGGAUAAUCGCCACCUUUUCUUGCCUUGGAUAUGCUGCGUGUGCCUCGAAUGUUUCGGUUUUGUUGUCAUCUUCACCUUCAUCAUAUAUUCUAGUGCAGCGUGGGGGUUUCAUCCUGCCUUGGCAAUUAUCGUCUUGUUUUUGCUAUUUGGAUUUUUAUUUCUGGUAUACAUGCUUCUGUGUGUUUUGUCACAAUACCAAUUGCUGGCCAAUGGACCACUUCCCGUCACCUACAGAAUGGCUAACACAACGAAUACCUACGAAAUUGACAAUGGAACUUACCCGUACGGCAUGGCAAACGUCACACCUAAUUACGGAAUGCCUAGUGGGUUUAAUCCCUACGGAAUGCCCACUAUGUAUAAUGCUGUCGUAACAAUGAAUCAACCUGGCCCAAACCCGUACGACAAAUCUGUACCAGUUAAUGCUUACAUGAUGGCCAAUCCCGCAACUGCAAACACUUACACCUACGGAUCAGGUAAUGCUUACGGUGUAAGACCAUCGGCAGCAGUCGACACUGUUUAGAAGGAAGUGUUUAUUUAAACAAUUUUGGAAAUGUAAAUUUACAUUCGACUAAUUUAAUGUCCGGGAUAUACUUUCUACGCAAAAAAAAAA